AUGGGAGUUGUGAUAAUGUGUACUACUUUAAUAGAAAGGAAACCUUGGGAGUUUGUUGAAGCUACUUAUACUCCUGAAGCUGAGUUGGAUGUCUACAUUGACCACCAAAAUGAUCCAAUCCUUGAUUGGGCUGAAAAUGAGGUGUUAUCAGAUGGUAAUUGGUAUGAUUUGGAUGACAACGAAGAAGAGGAUGACAAUGAAGAAGAGGAUCACAAGGAAGAAGAGGAUGACAGUGAUGAAGAUGAUAACUUGGAUGAUAUUAUGGCAUAUGAGCAAGAAGUUGAUGAAGAAGUCCAUACCUUUAACAAAACUGUUGGUGACGAUUUUUUAAACAAACUUUCAGGUAAGCUUAGUGAUGAUAAUCAACCUAAUGAUGGAAAAGAUGAUGAGGUUGUAUUCCCUGUCCAUGAUGAGAAUCAAGAAUGGGAUCAGAUGGUGCCAAUUCUAGGUUACUGGCGAAGUGUUGUAAAGGUAAGAAGAACAAGAAGAAUAAAGGUUGCCCCUUUAGGUUGUGGGCAACCUGGAUGA